GGUAGGUAUUCGAUGAGGACUACAACUUCCUGAUUAAUACAAAUUUUGACCAUAUAUUAUUAGUACCUAUCAGAUCAGAAUCAUUAUUUAGUGAAACUGGUUUGACGUAUUCUAACAAACAAUUUCAUAACUUCAACCAUAAAAUGAUCCAACAAACGGUCCUAGUAUUUUUGACUAUAUCUACUGGUGCCUUUGGUUUACCAAAUCCACGAAUACUCGGAAAUGAGUGCUCCUACAAAGACUUCAACCUUAUCACACGGGCUGGCUGGAACGCGAGGCCAGCAAGAAGUCCGACAUCAUUAAGCACUCCCGUGGAAUUGGUUAUCAUCCACCACAGUUAUCAACCCGGUGCGUGCUUCAACACAGAAGAUUGCUCAACAGCUAUGCGAUCGAUGCAGGACUAUCAUCAGCUUUCAAACGGCUGGGACGAUAUUGGUUAUAAUUUCGCGGUAGGCAGUGAUGGCCAAGCGUACGAAGGUCGGGGCUGGGACAGAGUUGGCGCUCACGCAGCAGGCUUUAAUAUCAGGAGUAUUGGCAUCGUGCUCAUUGGUGAUUGGGUCUCCAUCGUCCCACCUGAAAUACAGCUGGAAACUACGAAACAACUCAUCGCCGUAGGCAUACAGCUUGGCUACAUCAGUCCAGAGUACAGGCUAGUCGGCCACAGGCAGGUCAGAGCCACAGAAUGCCCCGGAGAGGCACUCUUCAAGGAGAUUUCAACGUGGGAACGAUUCUCGCCUGAUGUAUAAAGAACUCAUUAGUUAAUGCUUUUAAGGGUCGUCGGUAAAGAAAACCCCUGUCACGCCUCCGAGACUAAUGGACGAACCCUAUGGCAGAUGUGGCAAAUGGAAUAGAUGUUAUGUUAAGGUACUUUAAUAUUGUAUAAUUGUCCUUUCACGUCACUGCUUAGUUUCCAUAGUGGCAAAAGUUAUGUGGUGGUAAUUUUUUUGGACCAGCUAAUCUAACACAUUGUUUGCGAAAUAUUUAAGAUGCAAAGCUCGAUACCAAAAUCGAGCUGCACUAAAUAUUUCGCGAUGUGUUUCGCAAAAUAGCGAUUUGUGACCGCGUCACUUGCCAUUUCUAUAUAUUGUGUUAACUAUAGUACAGUUUUAGUAA